GGGUUGCCAAGUUGUCGAAUCCUUACAUAAUCCAAUUAAACAUUCCCCCUAACAAGGCAGAAGACGCGUCCUUCCUGGCCCGUACCCCCUAGAACUGCCCCCUUGAACCGCGUCAAGCUUCCUACCCUCCACUUCAAUCCCGACCGCUCCGCCGCCGACCCAACUUUCCGCCUUCCGUCCCGGCACCGACAUGUGCUGACAUCCCACACCACCACCAUCCUCCGCCCAAUCUCGAAUUCCGCAACGUCGACUGCCAAACAAAACCGCCCACUUAGCCAAACCUCUACCAAUCUCCCCCCUUAGUCCUGGAAAUAACGACACCAACUCCCCCCCAAAUGGCGCAACAAUGGCCGGCAUCAACGAAGCCCCCCUCAUCAAACGCCUCGCCGUCCCCGGCUCCUGCGCGCUAAUGGGCUUCCUCUCCGUCUCCUCCCAGAUCCUCUUCUACGUCGCCGACGACUCUCUCGCCCCCGGGCGACUCACCCGCUCCGAGACAUACACCUUCAAUGCCCUCCUCGCCUGCCUCUGGUACACCUACUACAAGUCCUGCACCGUCGACCCGGGCCGCUACCCCUUUCCCGAUGCCGCCGUCGUCGAGGUGCCCGAGCCGGACGAGUACGGCCUCGUGCGGGGCUGGUGCAAAAAGUGCGCCGCGCCGAAACCGCCUCGCGCGCAUCACUGCCGGCACUGCGCGCGCUGUGUCCCUCGCAUGGACCACCACUGCCCCUGGACAGGAAACUGCGUCUCCCUCACAACAUUCCCACACUUCCUCCGCUUCCUCGCCUGGACAAACUUCUCCCUCUGGUACCUCGCCAGCCUCCUCUACGCCCGCUUCGCCGCCAUCUGGGACAACCGCCUCCUUCCCUCCUACCUGGGCCCCUCCCUCCCCAUCCUCGUCCUCCUGACCCUCGACACCUUGAUAUGCUUCUUCUCCUCUCUCGCACUCGGCAUCCUCUUCUUCUCCACCGUCCGCGGCUGGGUCCUCAACGAGACAAUGAUCGAAGGCUGGGAAGUCGACCGCCACGCCGCCGUCUGCGACCGGAACCGUAAAGACGCCGGCGAGUUCUGGUCCAUGACGGGACCCGACGGGAAGAAGCUCCGGCUGGAAAAGGUGGAAUUUCCGUAUGAUGUCGGGAUUUAUGCGAAUCUGUCGCAGGCCAUGGGUACCGGGAAUCCGCUGCUGUGGCUGUUUCCCUUUGCGGGCAAUCCACACAUAAGCAAGGACGGCCAUGGCGUCGGGUGGGAGUGGCCCGAGAACGGGCUGAAUCGCAAAGAAGGGAUGUGGCCGCCGCCGGACCCGGAUAAAGUGCGGCGCGCCGCGCAGGGAGGUUGGCCAUCGACUCGGGACGCCGAGGAUAUGGUGGUGCCGAGAUACGGGAGCAAGGAGGAGGAGCUCGAUGCCUUUAGGACGCGGCAGGACGCGGAUCGGCGGCGGUGGCAGAGUAACCGCUCGCGCAUGAUGGAAGAGUUGGAGGAGGUGGAGGGCUACGAUAUGAUUGACAGCGACUCUGAGGAUGGCUAUGAAGAGGGCGCGGAUGGAGAACCGGGCUGGACGAACGCGGACGGGGAGCGGUUACAAGAUUUUGGCGUAGACGAGGAUGAGGAUAUGACUGACGACGAAGAUGUACCUCUAGCGGAGCUAUUACGUCGCAGGAAAGUCCUCCAAAAAGACGGAGAGGAGUGAGCAUCACUAGUCAUAGACAAUGAAUAAAAACGUGAACAGCAAU